AUGCCUACCAUCAACGUCAAAUUGGUGGCUGCCGAGUCGCUAUACAAGCGCGACGUCUUUCGGCAGCCAGAUCCGUUUGCGGUGAUAACCGUGGAUGGAUCGCAAACCAAGACCACCAAGACCGCCAAGAAGACCUUGAAUCCGUACUGGAACGAGCUGUUUUCGCUCAAUGCCAACGAGGACUCCAUUCUCGUCAUCCAGGUGUUCGACCAGAAGAAGUUCAAAAAGAAGGACCAGGGCUUUUUGGGCGUGGUCAACGUCCGCAUCGGCGACGUGAUCCACAUGUCCUUGCAGAACUCCGAGGAGACCAUCACGCGCGAUUUGAAGAAGCUGAACGAGCACUUGGCCGUGAGUGGUCGUGUGAUUAUUGUGUUGAGCUACAACCUGGCCUCUGGAACCGGAACUGCCGCCUCGGCUUCUGCUCCCGUGGCUGGCGCCACUGCUGCUGGUGCUUCCAUUGCGGCCGCUCCGGCCUCAAUGCCUCCCGCAGCCAACGGUACUGCUCAACCCUUGGACGCUCCACCUGCACCAGGCGUAGAUGCUCCAUCCAACGGCGACUCUCUGGCAAACAGACAGUAUUCGUCGUUCGAGGACCAAUAUGGUAGAUUGCCCCCUGGAUGGGAACGUAGAACAGACAACUUCGGCAGAACCUACUACGUGGACCACAACUCUCGCAGCACCACUUGGCAACGGCCAAUGGCUGACCAGUCUGAGACUGAGCGUGGCCAACAACGUGAGAACUACACCGAGGCCGAGAGACGACAACACCGUGGCCGUACUUUGCCCGGCCAAACCCCUCAGUCUCCUGUGUUGAGCGCGACAAACUCCACCAACAACAGUAACAGUGGAAGCGUGACCGUCAACUCUAGUGGCGCUAACACCCCAGUGAGUGCUGCUGCAGCUGUUUCCAUGGCCGCUUCUGGCGGUACUACCCGUGGUUUGGGAGAAUUGCCGUCCGGUUGGGAACAACGUUUCACUCCGGAGGGAAGACCAUACUUUGUGGACCACAACACAAGAACGACCACAUGGGUGGAUCCUCGCAGACAGCAAUACAUCCGUACCUUUGGACCAAACACUACUAUUCAACAACAACCAGUCAGUCAGUUGGGUCCAUUGCCAUCGGGAUGGGAGAUGCGUCUCACCAACACAGCCAGAGUUUACUUUGUUGACCAUAACACCAAAACGACUACAUGGGACGACCCUCGUUUGCCAUCCUCAUUGGACCAAAACGUUCCUCAGUACAAACGUGACUUUAGACGUAAGGUUAUUUACUUCCGUUCUCAGCCUGCCUUGAGAAUCUUGCCCGGUCAAUGUCACAUCAAGGUGAGAAGAGACCAUAUAUUCGAAGACUCCUACCAGGAGAUUAUGAGACAGACUCCAGAUGACUUGAAGAAGAGAUUGAUGAUCAAGUUCGACGGUGAGGAAGGUUUAGAUUACGGUGGAGUCUCCAGAGAGUUCUUCUUCUUAUUAUCUCACGAUAUGUUCAACCCAUUCUACUGUCUAUUCGAAUACUCGAGUCAUGACAACUACACGUUGCAGAUCAACCCUAACUCGGGAAUCAAUCCCGAACAUUUGAACUACUUCAAGUUUAUCGGAAGAGUUGUUGGAUUGGGUGUGUUCCACAGAAGAUUUUUGGAUGCUUUCUUCGUCGGUGCCUUGUACAAGAUGAUGUUGCACAAAAAGGUUGUUUUACAAGAUAUGGAGGGUGUUGACGCCGAGUUCUACCGUUCUUUACAAUGGAUUAUUGACAAUGACAUCACGGACGUUUUGGAUCUUACAUUCAGCGCUGAGGAUGACCAGUUCGGACAAAUUGUCGAGGUCGACUUGAAGCCAGGUGGAAGGGACAUUGAGGUGACCCAAGACAACAAGCAUGAGUACGUCGAAUUGAUCUGUGAGUGGAAGAUUCACAGACGUAUCGAGGAGCAAUUCAAGGCAUUUAUUGACGGAUUCAAUGAAUUGAUUCCUCAAGAGUUGGUUAACGUUUUCGAUGAAAGAGAAUUGGAGUUGUUGAUUGGAGGAUUGUCCGAGAUUGAUGUUGAGGACUGGAAGAAACACACCGACUACAGAGGCUACCAAGAGAGUGACCAGGUUAUUCAAUGGUUCUGGCAAUGUAUCAAGGAGUGGGAUUCCGAGCAGAAGGCCAGAUUGUUGCAAUUCACCACCGGUACAUCCAGAAUCCCCGUCAACGGUUUCAAGGAUUUGCAAGGAUCCGAUGGUCCCAGAAGAUUCACCAUUGAAAAGGCAGGCGAGCCACAACAGUUGCCCAAGUCGCACACCUGUUUCAACAGAGUCGACUUGCCUCCCUACACUUCCUACGAGAGCAUGAAACAGAAGCUCACAUUGGCCGUCGAGGAAACCGUCGGUUUCGGGCAAGAGUAG